CUGCUGUACCUCAGCAGAAGCAUCAAUCAACAUGAUCCCCAUCAUCCUGGCCUCAGUGCUCAUUGCUAGCACCCUUGGGUGUGGCACCCCACCCAUUGCGCCUUUGUCGUCCCGUGUGGUCAAUGGAGUGGACGCCAAGCCCCACAGCUGGCCCUGGCAGAUAUCUCUGCAGUAUGAGAGAGCUGGUCAGUGGAGACACACCUGCGGAGGAACUCUGAUUGCUGCCAAUUGGGUCAUGACCGCUGCUCAUUGUGUCAACCCAGAUCUGUCCUAUAGAGUGUUCGUUGGCAAGUACAAUCUGGUGGAGGAGGAGGCUGGUUCCCAGGCCAUUCUGCCCGAGAAGAUGAUUGUUAAUGAGAAGUGGAAUCCCAUCUUUGUGGCUCUCGGGAAUGACGUUGCCCUGAUCAAGCUGUCUGAGUCUGUGACCUUGAGUGAUCAUGUACAGCUGGCCUGUAUUCCUGCUGCUGGCACUGUCCUGGCCAACCUCUACCCUUGCUACAUCACUGGAUGGGGCAGGCUCCAGACUGGAGGCCCCAUUGCUGAUAAUUUGCAGCAGGCUUUGAUGCCUGUGGCCGACUAUGCCACCUGCUCCCAGCCUGACUGGUGGGGCUUCGCUGUCAGGACAACCAUGGUGUGUGCCGGUGGGGAUGGCAUUGUGGCAGGCUGCAACGGUGACUCUGGCGGCCCCCUGAACUGUAAGAACGCCGACGGCGUGUGGGAGGUCCAUGGCAUCGCCAGCUUCGUCUCUGGCCUUGGCUGCAACUAUAAGAAGAAGCCCACCGUCUUCACUCGUGUGUCUGCCUUCAAUGACUGGAUCACCCAGACCAUGAUGAAUAACUGAAGAUGAACUAUGAUAGUCAAUAAAAGCUGCAACAAAAGACA